AUGCGUAAAAACGGGUGGGAGACACCAUUUCAUGUGCUUCAAUUGGCUACAUGGGUGGUUUUUCCGGCCAUCAUGGCGCUCUUUUUUGCCUUCUACACACCCAUUCUAGACAAGACGCUAGCCAUUGUUCUCAGCAUUGUGUAUGCUAUUACAAGUCUCUUUACAGUGAUAUCUGUGUCCGUAUGCACAGGAACUGAUCCAUCAGAUGAUUAUAUUUUGAGACAAUCGACGAUGACUGAUACGAGAGAAUCUCUUCCAAAUGAACGAGUGUACUGCAAUGUUUGCAUGAAAUACGUCAAUAACCAGAGUCGACAUUGUCGCCUGUGUGACAAGUGCGUGGAUGUCUUUGACCAUCACUCACUGCAGAUUGCGGUGGGGAUUUUUAUUGUGGUCGAGCUUUACUCGAACGAAGUAGAUAUGCAGGAAAAUUCUGCUACAAGUUACGGAUGCUCGACAGAGAAAGAAGAUGUGACGGGACUUUGUAUAGACGGACAAUAUCGUAUCUCAUUGCAGACUUUACGGAUAAUCCACAUUGUGCUACUUGCCUUCCUGAUUCCGUGGUUGUUUAUGAUUGGACAGCUUGCGCUCUUCCACUUUCAUCUAUGUAUAGAAAACAUCACGACCUAUGACUACAUUGUCCGCCAACGUAAGCGAAAAACUGCGCAGGACCGACAAAACACCGCUCGUGUGCCAUGGUGGAAACGAUGCUGUAUGGAGAAGACCAACUCUGAUUCAGCACCGGGCAAUUCGAAAGCCAGCGUCAACCAUACUAGUGACUCCCGCGUGUCUGGCGAAGAUGUGCGCAGCGAGGAAGAGAUACUGGCAGAUAUUGAAGCGGAAGUAGAUGAAAGUUUGGAGGUGCUUAGCAACCAAAGCGGUGAGAUUCGCGAACGCGACAGCAGCCGUCGUGGGAGCAGCUUGUAUCACAAGCGGAGGAGCAACAGUGGUCCGAAGCGUGGGUUUGGGCGUCACGUUGAUCUGACCCAGCAACGAGACGUUCAGACCAAAAGCGGUUCGAAUGGCGACAUGUGUACCCCAAGAUCAGAAAGUGGUGACACAAUUUACUUGGCGGCGCCGUACUCUCCAGGCACUUCGCCUUUGUCGCUGCGCUCUGAUGCAGGUAGCGCAUACUUUUCCGUCUCACAGAUGGAUGAGAGCGAGGUGAGAGAUGCUGGUGAAUCUACUAGCGAGCCUCAUCAAGCACACGUGGCAUCCAGCAGCUCGUCUAUGGCCAUGUACGGUCGGCCACCGAUUGAUACAACGUCAGUAGAGGCGUAG